CUAUCAGUCAGCCUUUUACAAUUCCACGAGGCCACUGCAACUUUUGUGCUGUGUAACGUGUAACGUUUUUGAUCACGCUGAAUCAAUUUAUUAAAAGAAAUUUAUACGAAGUACAAGGAGCGCGAUAAAUCACGUAGGACUCGUCUGUAUGUGAAAUUGUGAGAUUAUUGAAAUAAGAUGAUUCUGCAACGUUCCGUGGUUACAUCAGUUUUGUGAAACUCAUAUCAAUAUUUAGGAGAACAUCGUGACUUUAUUCGGCUUCGUGUUUAAUAAAAUAUUAGCUGGUUUUAGAGAUGAUUUCAUCAACCUUGGAAUUAUGUUUUGUUCGGUCUUAUGAAAGAAUGAAGAGUUUUGUAAUAAGACCAAUCUGACAUUUCAUUGGAAUAAUCGACAGUUUUAUCGGUAAUCUUUAAGGCUUUGCAGAGUAAAUGCAGAGUAAGAAAUCAUAGUUAGUGACCACGAAUUCAUUAAUAUGUCUUUUUGAAUCUUUUUAUUAAGAUAUUAACAGUGUGAAUAAAAGGUUGUAACACAAAAUAAUUGAGAAGAAAGUACGCCACAAAGAGUAUAAAAUGAAGAUAUUCAAAGAUAUAUGAAACAGGAAAAAAUCAUUAUAUCGCCACUCAUAUGAACAUUUCGAUAAAACAACAGAAUAAUUGCGUGUGUUCUUAUCUAGUGACGUCGAUGAGAUGUAAUUAUAAAAUAUACAAGACUAACGUAGGGUGCGGAAGAAACUACUAGAGGAUUAGCGUUCUAUCGAUUAUACUAUCAGUCAGGUUUUCAUUAAAUAAAAAAUACGAAGCAUGUGUUCUAGUCGCGCAGUUUAUUUCCCUACAAUCGUCGAACAAUCAAAAUGAACGAAGAAUAGGAAACAUACCAGAGAAGAUUAAAGAGAAAGUAUAUUAUUUAUUAUAACGUAUAUCAAAUUUUUAGCACAUCUAUAAGUUGACGUUAUGUUUGGAAAAUAAUGCAUGUUUUUAUCAGAUUUCAUACAUAAAUUUCAUUUUUAUAGUAUCAGAUUUUUGUAGCCAUACGAAAGCCACUAAAUGUGACUACCACUGGCGAAUAUUUUGUUCUAAAAUUAUUAGAUUUUCGAGCUAUGAAUUGAUAUAAACAGUUACAUGGAAUUGAAAAUUUUCUGUAGUUAAUAUGCACGAUAUUAAUGAAUAUCUACAAAACAGGAAGAGCAGUCAUUUCGGUGUAUUAAAUGCCCCAUUAACUUAUGAGCUAAGCGGCUGCAGAGUCGAUCGUUUGCUUUUCUUUCAUUAAGCGCUGCUCGUGGCGCAAGGUGUAAAAUUAGGUUAAGGUUAAGCCAUGUAAAUGGCCGUGUAACCAUGUAACAGUUGCAGCCUCGUUGACGCAACGAUCGACAGAAAUCGCUGGUACGAAAACGCGAGUCUAUGCAGAGAAACCAACGGUAUAUGUAUAAUUUAUAAUAGGGAACCGCGUAUAUUAAAUAUAAACCGCGUUAAAACGUUACGUGCGGUAUAGUAUAGUACUCGAUAACGGGUUAUUCCCGAAACGCGAGAAAAUAUACACACAGAUCGAUCUUCCGUUCAGGAAAUCUGUACUCCACGAAACCGUACCUCGUGCGAAAAUCGAUACAAAAACUGCUACCAGAGACUAAUUUUUCUUCGUUCUUAUUUUCAACAACCAACUAAUCGUAAUUUAUUCGACAUCGCAGCGCGUCAACUUAGAAUGUUAGUAGCAGGCACUAUGAAUGCGAAUUGCAAGUGUUUUUAUUGAAAGCAGAAACAGAAUGGAUGCUUAUUUGACGUUCAUGGAGAACGAUCGAGUAAACAUCUUGUGCUGAUUCGAUUAACUGUGCUUCAUCCGUUUCCAAGAAUAUUGAUUCUAACCAGUGUACUGAAUAGUGUUCGAUCUAAAGAAGAAUGACCUACAGAAAGCAGAUUUUAAUGGACUUCGCAGAGAUGUAACAUGUGGAUUUAUGUGAACCGUGCACUAAUCGGUGGUGCAACACUGUUUCUCAAUGUAAUAGCACCAGGAAAACUGGAGGUAGAACGUGACAGAGGCUUGUCUGACUGCUAUGGCCCGAUUCUACCGUUGAGAAAAUUCACACGUACGCGAGACGCCUAUCAUGAACACUCAUUGUUCGUGCUGAAAUUAAGCGAUGCCCCAUGCGCAAUUUUAGGAUAAAGAUUUCCUUUGUGGCAUGUAUUUUCCGCUUUCAGAAUAGAAUGUUCUUGUUCAGCCUUCAUCUAGAGACACGUCCUGGAUUUUCAUAAUUACGCAAGAGAAACUUCCAUGAUGUUGCAAAUAGCGGAACAAACCAGAUUACUAGAUGUGCUCUAUUUUUAGCAAUGUCCUUGGAGGAGUCGCGGCGUUCGCAGCGUCCCUACAGGUACGGAAUGGUUCUCCUUUGCGUUGGAGCACUGAUAAACUGGUUAGGCCUCGCGGAGAACUACGUCGAACCGGUACGAUAUGUCGGUGUUGCUUGCAUAAUCGCAGGCGCUCUUCUCAUAUGUGCCGCAAUGUGUUGUUGGCUGCACGCACCGCCAAGUAGGGCAACCAUGCACACACAACACACAAAUCAUCCAAUCACAGCACAGAUCGACGAUCCUAUUCACAUAAUCUCCAUUGAGGAACCAUCUACUGGAUCCAGACAAAAACCACCAGAUUACGAAGCGGUCACGGACGCGCCACCUAGCUACGACGAUGCCAUCAAGUUGAAUCCUAGUCAUCUAUUUAGGCCGAACAAUAGUAACACGUUGUCAUUACCAACUGUACACAACAUGGUUCCUAGAACCGUGGAGAUUGUUUCUAGGGACCCGACGCCGUCGCCGCCGCCGCCUUACGCGAGGUGAAAUAUUUGGCAAUACCACUCAUGAUCGCGACAAGAGAGGCUUGCGGCAUGCUAGAGUUCCUGCGUAUUGCAAUACAUCUACCAACCGGCCAAAUACAAGAGUGCAAAGAUGAUACGAACCAUUCAGCCGUUCGUUAUAGCUGUUACAGCACCGUCAAGGAUGGGAGAGCCUCGUUUAAGUAGACCUCUUUUAAGUAGACUAAAGAUAUUUGUGUUCAAAGAAUCAAACGAACAGUUCUCCAAACGGGACUCCGCUUUUGUCACUGAAUCAACGCAACGACACGAUCGAAGCUGGGAUCGAGGGUAGAGUCGUAUUGCAUUAGUCGUUACGUUUGAUCGAUGAAUUCCAUGAAUCUGAAACGGAUGGCGAAUUUUGUUGCAAGAACUUGAGAAAUUCGAAGAAGAGAGAGCUGAAGAGAGUCAAAGGAGAUGUAAACAUUGUGCCUUCUGCAAAGCGCCUAGAGAGACACAAGUCUAAAUGUUUGCACAAGAUACUCAUGACUUGAUACGUAGUUCCAAAGCUGUCGAAACUUUAAGUGAACUUGCCAACAAACCCGUAUAAGCAUGAUUAGCGAACUCGUCUGGCUUUGCUAAUUUAGAGUGAAUCUAAAAUAGCAAAUACGAAUUGUCGAUAAUUCGAUACACUUCGUGCGUUUGUACAUUGUUAUAUCUGUACACAAUCUAUAAACUGUAUCCAUUGUCAUUAAAAAGAAUAGCAUUUGCUAUGGUCGAAGAACUUAAGAGACCUUUACGUGGCCUUAAGAGACCUUAAAAGACGUGUAGGAAUUGGAGAGGGAAGCCCUAAAACGUGUCGGAACUAGAGAUGUUCUGAAUUUCAUUGCUUAGACGAUUACGUGGCUUUUUAGAGGAAAUACGUUUGCUUGCCAUAUAAUUUCGAUGAUUAUUAUUUUACACGAUGUACGUACCAUAUGCGAAACUCAUUCACACGUCCAUUUUAUUGUGAUAUAUACGAUUAUGCAGGUAUUAUAUAAUACGUUACUAUGUCAAGUUCGACGUUGCUUUGUGAAACAAGACUCUUUUUUUUAUAACGAAAAUACAAAUAUAAUGAUAGGCAACUUUUAAA